CGGAGACAAAGGCGCCGCCGCGCCCCCCCCACCCCAUCCCCGCAUUCCUCCCCGGUUAUAACGCGCCCCCCAUUCCCAUGGAUGCGGGCGUCGUUCCAUGCCCGGGGGGGAGCCGGAGGAGGGCGGGGGAAUGGCGGGAGGGCGGCGGGCAGGAGGAGGUGGAGGCAGCAGCGCAUCACCCGGGGGGGUGUCGGUGAAGAUGUCGCUUCGCCGCGCCUACUCCAUCAAGGACAAGCUCCAGGCCAUCGAGAGGGUGAAGAAGGGCGAGCGCCAGGCGUCGGUGUGCCGCGCUUUCGGGGUGCCGGGGGGCACUCUCCGGGGGUGGCUGAAGGACGAGGCGAAGCUCCGCUGGUUCCUGGAGCAGCUCGGCGGCGAGGUGGGCACCCAGCGCAAGAAGAUGCGCUUGGCCAACGAGGAGGAGAUCGACCGCGCCGUCUACGCCUGGUUCCUCGCCCUACGGCAGCACGGCGUGCCGCUCUCCGGACCCCUCAUCCAAGCACAAGCGGAAGCCUUCGCCCGGCAGAUCUACGGGCCUGAGUGCACCUUCAAGGCGAGCCACGGCUGGUUCUGGCGCUGGCAGAAGCGCCACGGCAUCUCCAGCCAGCGCAUCUACGGCGAAGGCGGCCUCCCCGCCGAGCCCGAGCGCGCCCCCGCCACCCGCGCCGAGGUCCUGCCCGAUGCCGGCGGCUACGGGGACGAGCAGAUCUACAACGCCAACAUCACCAGGCUCUUCUGGAAGCUUCUCCCCGGUUCUGGAAUCACGGCGAGGCGUCCUGCCCGCGGCGAGCUCGUCACGGUGCUGCUGGCCGCCAACUUGACCGGCUCCCACAAACUCAAGCCUUUGGUGGUCGGGGGUCUCCGCAAUCCCGCCAGCCUCCGGCACCACAACCAGGAGAAAUUCCCGGCUUGCUACCGCUACAGCCCCGAGGCUCGGCUGGCGCCGGCGCUUCUGAGGGCUUGGUUCUUUGAGGACUUCGUGCCGGGCGUGAAGCGGUACCUGAGGCGGAGCUGCCUGCAGCAGAAGGCCGUGCUGCUGCUCAGCUCCGCUCCGUCCCGCUCUGGAGGGGGAACUGAGGAUUCUCCGCCGCUCCAGACUCCGGAUGGAUCCAUCCGUGCGCUGUUCCUCUCCAAGAGUCCCUCAGGGAGCGGCUUGGCCGGAGCAGGAGGCCGAAUCCCGGCGCCGCUGGAGCAAGGGGUGGUGUCGGCCUUCAAGCAGCUCUACAAGCGGGAAUUGCUGCGCUUGGCCGUGUCCUGCGGCGGCCCCGGCAGCCCCGCGGAUUUCGUGCGCUCCUUCCUCCUCAAGGACAUGUUGUACCUGGCUGGGCUCUCCUGGGAUCUCAUCCCGCCGGGAUCCAUCGAGAAGUGCUGGCUGCUGGGGCUGCGCGCCGCCUUCGAGCCCCAGCCCGGCGAGGAAGAGCACGGGGACACCCCCGGAGGGGAGGAAGGCGGAGGGGACAGCAAGGUCUUCAGUGACCUGACCCACCUGGCCGCCUUGGCCUUCAAGUGCUUGGCUCCCGAGGAAGUGUCCGACUGGUUGCACUUGGAUGAUGCAGCUCCGGGUGCGGAGGAGGACGAUGGUGGCGAGGAGGAAGGCGCCGAGGAGGAUGAUGAGGAGGAAGCAGCUGGUGGCAGAAGGGGUGGGGAAGGAGGAGAUCCUUUGCUGCCCACGGCUGGGGAAGCCAUCCAGGGUCUGGAGACGGCGCUGCGCUGGCUGGAGGGACAGGACCCGCGGGAGGUGGGGCCGCUGAGGCUGGUGCAGCUCCGCUCCCUCAUCUCCAUGGCCCAGCGGCUGCGCCGCGGCCGCAGCCCCCAAUCCUAGGGCAGGGGCAGCUGCCGAUUUUUGGCUACCAACCACCCCUGGUUGGCCACAGAGCUGGGGACACCCCGGUUGUCCCAGGGGGAUGGUGGUGGAGGUGCCACCGCCCCUCUGUGACCGGGAUUCCCUGGGGAUCAGGAAGCCCAGAUGC